GGAAGUGGUAGACUACUAGGAUUUAUAACUGACACAACAGGACCUCUAAACACACAGGACUCUUGGACAAGUGAACUAAUGUCAUGGAAACGAUAUGCUGAAAGAGAUUUACCAGGUUUAAUAUGAUGGAAUUUUAUGCAAAUGGCAGGUGUUAUUAAACACACUCUGACAUCUGGGAGCCACUGAACAUUCAGAGAGAAGAGGACAAAGUUGGUACAAGCCUUCUUGCACUUCCAGCUCCAAGAUGACCUCUUCUGAAAUGUGACUGUCUGCAUCUCAACACAGAGGCCCCAGCUAGCGGAGCAGCUGACUGUAUAGGCCUACCUACAGUAACAUGGAGAUGGUGCAGGUGGAGUUUGAGUAUGAGUACACAGGCAGGGACGGGGCUCUGGUCUCCAUCAAGCCCAACGACAGGUACAUACUGGUCUCCAGGACCAACGACCACUGGUGGCACGUCCGGAAGGACCAGGGCACCAAGCCCUUCUACAUCCCUGCAAAGUAUGUGAGGGAGCUCUCUCUGGAGACCCAGGGCCCACUGGACCUCACCGAUCCUGGGUCUCAGAGUCACACAUCCCCGCAGGCAACAACUGACUGUGAGCCACUGAAGAUGUCUAACAAAGGUCAAAGGCCAAGCGCUGUGAUGAGGGUCUACGUGUCCACGGAUCACUCUGCGAGAUCACUUUCCACUCACAGGAAGUCCGCGUUUGGGGUCUCACAAGACAUCGAUGAUAUCAAGCAGUAUGAGCACGUGAAGACAAUGGUGGGACUGCAGACCUCAAACAACGAGACUAGAGAUAUCCCGCCAUGUGAUCUGAAGAGGCAUAGUUUAGCUCCAGGUGUCUCAUUCACCUCAGCCUCAGACGCUCCAGGCCUUGGUGAUUUGCUGCAGCACCCUUCCCUAAAGCUCCUUGUCCCACCCGAGCCCACAAGUGGACUUCCCCAGUUGCAGUCAAGCCCUCUUCUGCUUAUCAAGGAUCCAGUUGAACAGCAGAACUCAGACGGCCGGAUGAUGAAAACACUAGCAGGGGAUCCUAGUGGGCAAUCUCAUUUAUAUCAGGACUCCAAUAUCUAUGAGACUAUAUCAGAUAUACCACGCUCAGAGUUGACAGACAUAGUGGGAACAGAACUGGCUGGAUCUCUGGUUGCAAUGAAAACACCAGCAGAACAACAGCAGAGCCUGGAUCAAACGUGUGGUCCGAUUGAUGUUACAGCCCCUUCGGAUCAGGUUGACAAUGAGAGUGCCCAGAACGCUGUGUACGUCAAUGUAGCGGAGCUCCGCAGAAGCAUCUCCGAGUCCCCUCCCUCUGCCUCCUCCCCUCCCUGCUCUCCUCCUUACCUGGACUCUGAGGGAUGGGAGGUGCACACUGACCAGGAGAGUGGACAGGAGUACUACUACCACCCCGAAUCGGGGCAGACCACCUGGGACAACCCCCACAUAGACCCUGACGCUCCCGCUGAGGAGCCUGUGUGUUCGUCUCCCUCGCCCUCCUCUCAGUCCCCCACCUCCGCCUCCCCCCCUGCAUGGACCUCUGAUUGGAAGCAGUGCUUUGAUGUGACCAGUGGCAUCCAGUACUUCUACAACCCAGUAUCGGGGGAGACGUCUUGGGAGCCCCCAGAGCCAGAGUGCCCCUACCCCCCUCUGAUGGAGCCUCUGAGUGUGCACAGCUCUCUGGAGGAAGGGCCGCCUCCCCUGCCUGAGGAGGACUACCCAGCAGAGGACUACCCAGACCCAGCCGAGGCUGACCUACCAGAAUCCCUGGAAGAGGAGCCGUUGGCUUUGUCCCCAGUGGGCCCUCACUCCUUCCCUAAGGACUACACCCCCAGCCAUGUGAUCCAGGCGGUCAUCCCCAGGGCCAGCCUGGACAGGAGCGCCCCGGCGGGCUGGAACCUCAAUGUAGACCCUGAUGGAACCUGGGUGUUCUCCAGCAAACACUCACCUGAGCAGUGGAUCAAAUCAUUGGACGACAGUGGACAGACGUACUACUACCUGAGAGACGGCUCCAGAUCCCAGUGGAACCUGCCUGAGGCCCCUGUAGCAUCAGGCCAGUCCAAGGUGGGAAUCGGUGUUGCGCUGGAUGGGGGGUCUCUAUCUAUGAAGAACUGGAGACACACCAUGGGUCCAGCUCACUUCAACUCAACCAUGGAGGAAGGGAAGUUCUUUCCGGCUCACAGAAGAAACGCAUCGGACUACGGCAGCGAGGGUUCCAGUGCAGACAACUCCCCAGAGAUGGGGCAGCAUCACGCUGAAUGGUUUAGACUCAGAAGAAGCCCCUCCAAUCAGAGCCCAGAGCCUCAGUGGCACAAUGUGCAGAGUUUAGAAAAAGCUGGAAUUCUCAACAAAACUAAAGUGUCAGAGAACGGGAAAAGAGUAAGGAAAAACUGGGCCCAGUCAUGGACGGUUCUUCACGGAGGGGUUCUGACCUUCCACAAAGACCCCAAGUCUGCAGCCACAGGUGCCUCGAACAAGACCAAUCAGAUCGUCCCAGAGGUCACGGUGGAGCUACGAGGUGCAACGAUUGGCUGGGCUCCCAAGGAUAAAUCCAGCAAAAAGAACGUCGUAGAGUUGAAAAACAAAAAUGGCGUUGAGUUUCUGAUACAGUACGACACUGAGAGUAUCAUCAACGACUGGCACAAAGUUCUAGUCGACACCAUUCGACAGCUGGACCAGGAUCACCACCAAUCUGAGGAGGAGGACGGGGACAUCAGUGAGAAGUCCUCCGGUACAGACAGGGGUGACAGGUCACCAGGCGCCCUGGACAAGAGGAGGAUGUCUUCCAGACCGAGCACGGCCACCUCCUCUGGGGGAGAGACGGAUCAGAAGAAGGUUCGUACCAAGCUGAUCAAGUUCCUCCUGAAACGACCCACGCUGCAGUCCGUCAAGGAGAAGGGUUACAUCCGAGACAAUGUGUUUGGCUGUCAUCUGGCUGCACUGUGUGCCCAGGAGAAAACUACAAUCCCAAGCUUUGUGGAGAAAUGUAUCCGAGCAGUGGAAAAGAGAGGUCUGGACAUGGAUGGACUCUACAGAGUCAGUGGGAACCUAGCUGUCAUUCAGAAACUACGCUUCAAGGCAGAUCAUGAGGAACUGGACCUGGAGGAUGGCCAGUGGGAGGAUAUCCACGUCAUCACAGGGGCUCUGAAGCUUUUCUUCAGGGAGCUUCCGGAACCCCUCUUCCCCUUCAGCCACUUCAGCCACUUCAUCCAGGCCAUAAGAGCUGUUGAUUACAACCUCAAAGUGUCUUACAUGCGAGAGCUGGUGGAAUCUCUCCCUCGGCCAAACCAUGACACCAUGGAACUCCUCUUCAGCCAUUUACGCAAAGUGAUAAACUAUGGAGAAGAAAACCGUAUGACUGUGCAGAACGUGGCUAUCGUCUUCGGUCCCACGCUGCUCCGGCCAGAGAUGGAGUCAGCCAACAUCGCCAUGCACAUGGUUUUCCAGAACCAGAUAGUGGAGCUAGUCCUCAACGAAUACGAAUACAUCUUCCAUUCCAGUUGAAACAAUCAUAAGCCUCUGUCAGUCAGAGGUCAGGGGUCAAUUUAAGCAAUAUUGCAGGAGGAGAAAAACCACACACUCACAACCGGACAGAGGGUGCGUCCAAAUAAUCUCUCCUUCUUUCUGAAGUGUGCACUCAUUCAAUACUCCCCACAAAUGUAAAAGCAUUGGAUUGGUGUAGGCAUGGGCUAGAGGGAGUUUACAUAUAGGCCUACCAGUCAUGUCCUUUCAAAUCAUGAAGGGAAGUGAACAAGUGCACACUUCAGGAGAAAGGAGAGAUUAUUGGGAGGCAACCAUAGAGGAGCUGCUUGCAUUAGGCCUAUUUGAAGGCGAUGUCAAAUAUUUGCACGGCAGUUAUUCUAAUAUCUUAGUUGGAUAAUCAUUAGCCAAUUCAGAUUGUUCUCUGAAUUUCUGCCACUUCACUGCAUUCCUUAUUAUGUGAAAUAGCAUUCCCCCUUAUGGCAUCACUUAUGUACAAUCUCAAAAUGUUUUUGUUGCUAUAGGCCUUCUUUGAAAUCUUUCUUUCAUGUAAAAAUGUAACAUCACAAUAACAUGAUUUUAUCUUAACACCCCAAUCCUCAAGGCAACCUGAAGAUGCUUUGAUACUUUGUUUUAACAAACCCUUUUAGAUGCAUUUUAAAGAUUACACCUAAAUGUUUAAAGGUUAAUUACAUUUUUAUCUGAUGUUACUGUAUAUCAUGUUUCUGAACAGCUCAGAAGUCCUGUGUUAUGCUAAUGUGUCUUAUUCAGUCAAUGUACAUUAUGUAAGUGUAAUAUAGAAAUAUAUAAAAUAUGUACUACCAACAACCUGCUGUGAAUCCCUUGUACAGCCUCUCUAGAUUUGUUACUGGAUAAUGAGAUACCACCUUUUUUAAAUAGGCACAUUUAAUGUUAAUUAAACAAAUCCUCAUUGUAAAUGAACACACAGAAUGAUAAUGACAUAUGGCUAUACUAUUUCAAUAAGUUUGUUAGCAUUAAUAGAGUUGGAAAAGGCCAGACCUAAAUGAAUAGACAGUUGUGAGAAGCAUAACAUUUUUUUUGUUUGUUCUGUACAUAGAAAUAGAUAGCAUAUUUAUGCUGUAAAUUACUGAACAUGCACGUGUUCCUUUAAUAAAAUUACUUUGUAAAAACAUGGCACCUAA